AUGGAAAAUCCGAAUCCGACGGUGUUGGAAGACCGUCCCGAGUCGGACGAAGAUUUUCUCGCCUCCGAUGAAGACGCGUCUCCCUCUUCGCACGCGCGCCUCGCUUCCCUGUUCAGGGCCUCCACGCGGAAACCCAGCUGGGUUUCCUCGUUCGCAAAUCCCGAGAUCUUCUACUUUCCCCUGCUGGAAGCUGGCGGAUCUGCGAAGCGCAGGUCACAUGCUAACCCUCAGCAGAACGCGGAGGCUUUCGCCGAGACGCGUCCAGGAGAUUCGCCUUCCGUUUUCCAAGAUAAAAGUGCGGAGACACGAACCUCGCACUUCGCCCCCAUGCACAGACACGCUUUUGAGGGUGGAAAUGAAAUCACGCAGGUCGUGCUGCGCCGUCAAAAACGAGACGUCCGCCGGCAAAUCCGGGACUACAUUUCGCUCUUGAAAGCGGAGGCGACUGUGCGGGCCUUUCUUUUGGAGAAAAACGCGCGAGAGAGGGAGAGAUGGGGGAGAGCGAGAACGCGGGAGAGAACGCUGGAGUCGGGGGCAAUUCGAUCCGAAAAAGAAGAGAGCAGAGAGCGAACAGGCAAAGAGAGAGACAGAGAAGAGGUGGAGCGGAGGAAGAGAGACGCAUCGGACGCGAUGCCGGGAGGAAAUCGAGUCUUCGAAGUCUGGCUCUCGAAGAAGCAGAUGCGAAGACGCCUGCGCCCGCGGGAACCCUUCACUGCCGAGGAGAUUUUCAGCUAUGUAAAACACAUUCAAGACCCCGAGCAUCCGUACUCGCUGGAGCAACUCGAUGUAGUCGCUGUCGAUCGGCUAACGCCGGAGGCGGACGCGCAGCGCGAUGCUUCCAGCCAACAACCCUCGUCCAGUUUGCCUGCUUCUUCAACUUGUGUCGCUGCAUCAUCUUCCUGUUGUUUGUCUUCCUCUCGGCCCGAGCCUCACCCUCGCGUCGGCACUGGAGCGUGUGAAGAGUUGAACGAACUCUCCCAAGGUGCACAACCUGCGGGCAGUCUCUCCGCGGCCUCGAGUUGUGAAGCCGACAAAAAGCUCUGCUGCUGUAAAGAGCCGAGGGAAAAACCAGACACGCGAGUUACCCCCAGAGUUCGGCCGGAAGUCCGGGCCAUGGAGCUCGCGUACAAAGGUGGAAAAGGGCGACAAGGCAGGAUCGUGGUCUCCUUUCAGCCCACCAUUCCUCACUGCUCCCAGGCCACGUUAAUUGGGCUCCUGGUUCUCGUUAAGCUCCUGCGAUCAGCGCCUGUGUGGAUGAAGAGCGAGGUGCGAAUCAUUGAGGGCAAGCACGUGUCAUAUAAGACGAUCAAUCGCCAACUGAAAGACAAGGAGAGAGUCAGCGCAGCCGCCGAAAAUCCGGCUCUCUCCAAAGUCCUCAAUCGGGGUUUGCUAGGAACGGACGCGUGGAUGGACAUCACCGACCUUCUCGUGCUCCCGGAGUGA